UUUUUAGUUAGUGCUUUGACUUUUCUGUACAGUGGAGGGUCAGAGAUUAGAUCUUAUGGCUUUGACUGGCACUGUUUAAUGAAAUGUUUAUUAUGUAAACAGGUAAGCUGGGAAAUUUUAAGCGUUAUCAUAAUUAUCUCUAAAAGUAUGAUUUUACUCUAAAAUGUACUCUUUGGUAAAGCUUUAAGACUUUUACUUUAAGAGCCAAUGUUUAUGAGUUACAGAAGUACAGUUUUAAACCAGCACAAGGGUAUAUAAGGGUAUAUUAGUAAAUAAUGAUAUGACUUUGAUAUUUAGGUGAGCUUAUCUUUAAAAACAGUAAUAAUGAAAGAUUUUGCAGCAGUCAUUUAUAGCAUUUUUCAUUAGAGUUGUUCAAUUGGUGAUUCCGGCAUUUUUCCCGCAAUGUAAAUGCAGUUUUCUGACACAUAACCUAUACAAUUCGAUGAAGCCAGGAGUAAAUGCGAAAGAUGUCUGUGGUUCACAAACCAGGGAGCUGUUUGUCACCUAAAACCACACUGGACCCCUUCUACAGUCAUCUCUGUAUUUAUGAGCUAUCACCUGUCUGAGAAAAUGCCAGUAAAAUUCAAACUAUACAACAUAUACUGUAUGUAUAAGUCUGUAAUUGAUCUAUCAUAUGAUAUUAUAUAGUAUAUGAUCCAAAUAUUAUGAAUUAUGAAGUCAAUCAAAAUAGAGAGAAUGAUGAACUAUUGUGAAUCUCAGCAAACCUCAUUUUAGUUUAUUAACCUGAUGGCAUAGAAAACAGAAAAACAGCUGAAGUAAUUGAUCCAUCAAUGAAAAUUUCCUAAACCACUUCUUCAUUCCAAAAACAGCAGUAUCAUGAACGAACAAGGUGAUGAUGACACAGGCUGAGAAAUAAGAUUGACGGUAAGUGUCAACCCCCAUGCACCACAGGAAGGACGUUAGGGAUUUCUUAAAAUGGGGUAUAAAAUAACGGCACCCCAGGGUGUCAUCUGUACAACUCCCCAGGGGCUCAACUCAAUAUCAAGAAAAGGGUUAACCCUCAAAGAAGAAGAAGAAUAAAGAAGAAUGAAUUUCUCUGGAGUCAUCCUUUCUGCUGUGCUCGUGCUUCUGCUUUCUUUGACUGCUCAGUGCAGGAAAAUCGACUGCAAGUCUGUAUGCUGCACAUUUGUGGAGGGCUUUCCUGCCAGACUGAAGGAGCUCCGUUCAUCAUAUAAAGAAAUACUGAAAUUUUAUGACUCUAAUGACGAUAACGACGCUUUGAUAGACGGCACUGUGCAACAUAACAUCAAUGGUCCUUACGGAUGUCACGUCGUGGACGAGAUCCUGCGCUUUUAUUUGGACACGGUCCUGCCGACAGCUGUGAAGAAGAACCGCGCGCACACCAAAACGCAUAUUGACUCCAUCGGAAAUAUUUUCCAGAGUCUCCAAAGGGACAUGGUGAAAUGCAGAAAGCAUUUUUCUUGCCAAAAGCCCUUUGAGAUCACCAGCUUUAAGAACUCGUAUGAAAAGAUGGCAGAUACAGGCGUCAACAAAGCCAUGGGAGAGCUUGAUUUGCUGUUUAUGUACAUUGAACAAUUUGUAGCAUCAAAGAGAGACAAGCACUAAUACACUCUUAUAUGAAAUGUUUUAAGCGGAUUCUUUUAAAAGAGUUAUAAUUUCUGGUUUCCAAAGGACCUUUUCUAGUUAAAGUUUCUACCUUUUUAUAGCCCAUACAUCCGUUUUCCACUACAAAGAAUCUUUUGUGCACCAGAAAUGGUCGUUUUUUUAUGUAAUAGGUUUUUUAAGAGUGUAUAUCUCAGUGUGGAUUGGAGGGUGGGCAUGAUGACUUCAGUCAAACUCUGAAAGCAAUUGGCAGGACAAUAUUUAAUUCUUCUUUAACUUAUUAUUUUCUGCAUCUUACUACAUGUUGAUGCACUUCAGUGUCUGCCUUUAUUGCCUUCAGGAGUUCUGGAAAAUGUCAUAUUACUUGUAUUUUAGUUUUGUGAAACUGUUACAUGUUAAGUCACAUUGACUUUGUAUUUUGCCGUAUGGAAUACUUGAAAACUAUUUAUGUGUUUAUAAACUUAAUUAUUUAUUUUAUUUUGUUUUAAACAUUUUAUAAAUGUAACCUUUUUGCCUAUGCUUAUAUGUAAUUGUUUACAAAAUAUAUAAUAAAUUAUUGCGAAUAAACGAACAAAGAU